AUGAUUGGACUUUCUUCUCGGAGAUGUAGCCAUGGAUACAGAGGAGGAUUUGCUUCUUACGGAGCCACUGGCAAUGGGGGCUAUGGAGCCUCACUUGGAAAACAAAAUGCCAUCUAUUUUGAGCCAGUCCGGGACAUACUACUCAAAAGUAUCAAGACAAUACCCAUACAAGAAGGUCAUGUUUUCAACAUCGGAGACUACGGCACAGCUGACGGCGCUACGUCCAUGACGUUCAUGACUGACCUGUUGAAGGUCCUCCAGGACCAUCAUGGUCCAGGGAUGGAGUUUCGUUGGCUGCUGCUCAGUGGUUGCCCAAGGCACCAACUGUCCUAUAAAGAUUCCUUAUGCAUCUACCCUGAGAGCAGUGAUGAAGAGAAGGAAGCCAUGAUGAAGGCAGGAGGGGAAGCCUGGGAAACGUUUUUGGUGAUGAGGAGCAAGGAAUUGAUACCAGGAGGCAUAUUGUUCGUUGCUGUGUGUUGUGAAUACACUGAUGUUUCCACUGGGGAACAAACAUACACAUCAAAAUCAUUUUUACUUUUAGCUUCACGGGUAUGGAAGGCAUUUAGAGAUUCGGGCAAAAUAUCAGACGAAGAAUUCAUAAAUACAAACUUUCCUAUUUAUCUCCAAACACGGGAACAGCUAACGUCCCCUUUUAAUGAUAUAAUAUCCCCAGUGAGGAGAUCAGGGUUACAGCUUCUUUUUUCUGAGGUGUACAUCAAUGCAGAUGUGUUCUAUGAUGAUUGGAUGCAGAAGAAAGACAAGGAAGGGAUUGAUGACAGGGAGGAGUUUGCAAGAAUGUACGUGGCGGCUCAUAGGAACUGGGGCAACAGCACCUUCAUAAAUGGUCUCUCAGACAGUCGCUUACAGGAGGAGAAGGAGAAGAUAGUUGAUGAACUCUUUGCAACUAUUGAGAAACACAUGACUUUUAUCAGUCCAGAUGAGUUUAAGAAUAAUAUGGGUUUGACUUACCUCAUCAUAAGGAAAAGAGCAUGA